GUGGUCUCUGUACAGGAAAUGAAUAUGUUAUCUAAGUGUACUGAGGCUUAUCAUAUGCAGUGUGCUCUGAGCAAACAAAACCAUUGGGCUCACCAUCUGAAAGUGAGAGAAGGACGGGGUAAAACAGAUGCCCUUAAGGCAAUCAAUUCAACUCAAGUGGAUAAAAAAAUUAAUAAAAAAAAGGAGUAGAUUUCAUUAGGUUCGGUGGAGCAUUUUACCAGGACUGCAGAGGAAUUCUUGGACUGCGGAAGAAUCUAAUUGCAUUGCAUUCCCUCUCAAAGUACACACUGUGGGGUAUCCUGAAGCCCUCUCUAACAGGACCAGGAAGCACCAGAGUGAUGCCAAAAGUGCUGAAAGAGUGAAUACAGAACAAAGAAGGAUCACAAAGGACAUGCACAGAACGGUGCCCUGGAGGGGAGAGCAGAAGUUUUCUUCCCUGGAAUGACCUCCCACACACUCUCACGUGGUUUCUAUGGGGAUUUCAGCAUAGCCGCACUCUGUUGGAUGGGAGGUGGUGUAUUUCUGGGGCCUCUGAUUGCUCUGCUCUGAUUGGCCAGUACUAUUCAGUCGCCACACUGCCGUUGGUCAGAAUGCCACCAAGCAGGAAGUACAUGCUGAACGAGCAGCAGAUGAGACAGAAAGCACUGUACAGGAAAUUUUCUGGCAUUAGCCAAUACCAGCCUUUCGUUCUGUUGCUGGGACUGAGCAUGCUCACCUGUGUCACACUGCUAGUGCUCUUCUUCAGCCUGAAACUGGAUGCAAAUGUCCAUGGUGUAUUUGUGGGAGUUGUGGGAGGAGCGUUGUGCUUGUUCCUGGCUGUAUUUAUAUUAGUUUGUACAGAUACCCUCUCUCAGAGUUGGAGAACUUUACUUGGCCUCGCCGUGUGGGCCACACACCUCACAAUGGGCUUCACCUUUAUUUUCAGCCCAACACAAAAUAUACAACCAUGGGACCAGGUGCCCUUCUUUCUCUUCAUCGUCAUUACAGUCUACACAAUGCUGCCGUUCCAGAUGAGCUAUGCUGUAGCCCUGAGUAUCAUCUCCUCUCUUUCUCACAUCAUUGUUCUUUCGGUCACAGUGUUCAAGUUACCCCCCAGAUGUCCAAAAAAUCCGGUUCAUGAUUGGUUAAAAGAAAAGCAGUUGCUGUCAAAUGCUAUGGUGUUUCUUUGUGGAAAUGUGGUUGGUGCAUUUCAUAAAGUUCUGAUGGAGAAAGCUCUGAAGCAGACAUUUCAGGAUACUCUUCGCUGCCUUGGCAUUCGCAUGAUACUGGAAACUGAGAAGAGACAGCAGGAAAACCUCUUACAGUCAGUGCUUCCUGUGUACAUAUCCAUGAAGAUGAAGUUGGCCAUAAUGGAGCGCUGCAAGUGUAAAGAUAGAGAGGAACAGCAGCGUAUGGUUUGUGACAACAACUUCCACAGUCUUUACGUGAAGAGACAUGAGAACGUCAGCAUCCUGUAUGCUGACAUUGUGGGUUUCACCCGUCUGGCCAGUGACUGUUCUCCUAAGGAGCUUGUGAUCAUGCUGAAUGAACUUUUUGGGAAAUUUGACCAGAUUGCAAAAGAGAAUGAGUGUAUGCGGAUAAAAAUUCUUGGUGACUGUUAUUACUGUGUGUCUGGCCUCCCUGUUUCCCUGCCAAAUCAUGCCAAAAACUGUGUUAAAAUGGGCCUGGACAUGUGUGAAGCCAUCAAGCAGGUGCGUGAGGCGACAGGUGUGGAUAUAAACAUGCGUGUAGGUGUGCACUCAGGAAACGUCCUCUGUGGUGUGAUUGGCUUACGGAAAUGGCAGUUUGAUGUGUGGUCACAUGAUGUCACCUUAGCCAAUCAUAUGGAGUCAGGUGGAUUACCAGGCCGAGUUCACAUCACAGAGGCAACUCUGAAGCACUUGAACAAAGCGUAUGAGGUGGAGGAGGGGAAUGGUCACCUGAGAGACUCCUACCUUAAAGAGCUUAACAUCAAGACGUUCCUGGUCAUAGACCCGCGGUCAAAAGACUCAUCACUGAUGGCUCCCAGUGUCACUAAGCCUCGUGUGAGUGAUGGUUUGAAGAUGCGAGCAUCUGUGCGUAUGACACGCUUCCUGGAGUCGUGGGGGGCUGUUAAACCUUUUGCCCAUCUGCAGAGCCGAGAGGAAUUCAGCACUGAUGCUAUGGUCAAUGGGAAGGGUCGCUGCAAGGACAUCCCUCUUAGAUCAGUACAUAACAAAAUUGUAGAGAGGAAUAAAUCACAGAAGACUAAAUUUGAUGAAGAUCUUUACGACAGGAUGACCACCACCAUCAAUGAUUUGAGCUCCAGCAAGCAGUGGAUGAAGUCUGAAGAAAACUCUGGCCUCACACUGUGGUUUACUAAAAGAGAUCUGGAAAAGCAGUACAGGACUAUAGAGAUGCCAAGCUUUAAAUACUACAUUGGUUGUGCCACCUUCAUCUUUUUAUGCAUCUUCAUCAUCCAAAUGCUUGUUACAAAUCAUCGUAAAGAGCUGGGGCUGGCCUUUGCGGUGUUGGCGUGUGUUCUGCUUUUGAUUCUCUGCAUCUGUUUUGCAAGUCAUAUACAGAGGAUGUUUCCGGAGAAGUUAAAGUCAUGUACGUGGCUCUCGGCGCUUUCAGAAGCAGUGGUUAAGAAACCUUUUCUGCGCCUCCCAUUGGCAACCGUGGCCACCGCAGUCAUAGUCAUCAUCGCCAUGUUCAACUUUUAUUUUAAAAUUGAAAAUAACAGCACCAUCCAUCCAUGUUUAGUAAAUGAACUUCGAUAUUUGCCUUACUCCGUAUAUAAUUGUAUAUUGGCAUUGAUCGCCUGUGGCGUGUUUUUGAGGGUGAGUUUGGAGCUGAAGAUGGCCUUCCUCCUCAUCGUCUCUAGCGUUUCCUACAUCAUCAUCUUCUAUGCAUCAUCUCAGGAAAAUCUCUUCAACAGCUACAACUGCAGCUGCCUGCUCGGCACCAACCACAACAGCACAUUUCAAAAAAAUUUCAACGAUGGACUUAUGAAGGACCCACAACUCAUGAGCUGCAUCUACAUCACACUCUUCCUCUUCACCAUGCUGCUCAUAUCCCACCAGAAUGAGUACUGCUGUCGUCAGGACUUCCUGUUGAAGAACAAGAACAUGGCCGAUAGGGAAGAAGUUGAGCUGUGCGAAAACCUGAACCGUCUUCUUUUGGAGAAUGUUCUCCCUGCGCACGUGGCCGCUCUCUUCGUGGGCGAGAACAAAAAGAAUGAGGACCUGUACUAUAAGUCAUAUGACUGUGUAUGUGUGAUGUUUGCCUCGGUGCCAGACUUCAAAGAGUUCUACACUGAGUGUGACAUAAAUAAAGAAGGACUGGAGUGUUUGAGGCUCCUCAAUGAGAUCAUCGCCGACUUUGAUGAGUUGCUGUCUAAGCCCAAGUUCAGUGGUGUGGAGAAGAUUAAAACCAUCGGCAGCACGUACAUGUCUGCUGCGGGACUGAGCGGACCUCCAGAACAGAGCAGCCAGGACCGUGAGAGGCAGAAUGCUCAGAUAGGAAACAUGGUGGAGUUCGCCAUCGCUCUGAUCGGCAAGCUGGACGGCAUCAACAGACACUCCUUCAACUCGUUCAGGCUUCGGGUCGGUAUAAACCAUGGCCCAGUGAUUGCUGGGGUGAUUGGAGCCAGGAAACCACAGUAUGAUAUCUGGGGAAACACUGUGAAUGUGGCCAGCCGGAUGGAAAGCACUGGAGAGCUGGGUAAAAUACAGGUGACAGAGGAGACAUCAGAUGUCCUGCAGAAGCUGGGCUAUUCAUGUGAGUGUCGUGGCCUGAUCAAUGUGAAAGGCAAAGGAGAGCUCAAAACCUUCUUUGUGUGCACAGAUUCCAGCAAACAGCAGGGCAUCGGUCUGAGCUGAGAUUGAAGCCUCUGCCGCUGCCAGCCUCAUACACAUACACACACACACACACACACACACAGACUCCGGGUCUAUAGGUGAUCUAUUUUUUUUUCUUUUUUCAUUUAAGAAUGUUUUAUUGCUACUGGAUUUCUUUCCUUAGAGCAUGUCUGAAGAACUGUUUUGGCAGCGUUUGGAGAUCUGAAACUUUCAGACAUAAAGCUACAUAAAUUCACGCAUCUCACACAAACACAAGCAGAACUUUGCGAUCCAGCGGGUAACUGAGUUCAGUGAAGGAAAAUACUGCUCUCAGACUUUCUGUGUGCUGCUGUCAUAGUGGCCUUGAUCCUGUUGGAUAUAGACUAAUUUGGGAUGACUGAGCUGCUCGGCCGGACCCACACAAACCCAUCGUGACAGAUGAGCAGACGUUUAAAUAUCUAGAAUGUGUUCAGUCAUUUCAAAUAGCAUGUAUCUUAGUAGAAACCAUUCUGUCAACAUUUGGACCAACAAAAUGGUGGAUGCCUAUUGUUGCUGGAAUAUACACUGCUGGGGAUGUUUUUUUGGUAUUUACUGCCAAAUAUCGAUAUUGAUUUGCUAUUGCCUUUGAAUUGAGAUUGUGGAUGUUGGAGAUGAGCCUUUCUUAGCUUCAUAAUAUGCUACAGAUGAAAACUAGGAAUGUUUACAAAUGCUGGGAAAAAAAUGUCAAUGACUGAAAUUCAGUUAACGUCAAGUCAAAGUGUACUUUCAUCACUUGCUUUCUUUCAUCGCUUGUACUUCUUAGAUGGAUCUAUCUUAGAUGUUGACCAAAUGGCUCUGUGGCUUCUGCCAUCUGAAGUUGUAAAUUUGAUACUGGAUGUAUUCAUGCAUCUUCUUUGUGCCUGAUGAAGCCAUUGGCAGAAAUGUUCAAUUCAGACUGAAAAUCCUAUGCAUCUCUAGAGUGUGACAGCGACUGAAUUCACAUGGUUUGAGAUUCUGCGCUGCCUUUCUGUACCGCAGUGUUUGUGAGGAACGCCUGCUGUCUCCUCGGUUUUGUAUGCAUUGUUACAGAAUAAAUCAUUUGACACUU